AUGAAGUCUGCUAUCCUCUCCAUGGCCCUGGCGGCCUUGGCGCCUCUGGCUCUCGCCGCCGACGCCGUCCAGGGCUCUCCCGAGGGCUUCGCCAAGGGCACCACCGGUGGCGGCUCCGCCGCCCCCGUCUACCCCUCGACCACUGCCCAGCUCGUCUCUUACCUAACCGAUUCUUCGCCUCGCGUCAUUGUCCUUACCAAGACGUUCGACUUCAGAAACACCGAAGGAACGACCUCGGGAACCGGCUGCGCUCCUUGGGGCACUGGAUCUGCUUGCCAGACUGCCAUCAACAAGGACAACUGGUGCACCAACUACCAGCCAAGCGCCCCCAAGACCAACGUCAAGUACGACAACGCUGGCCUCAACCCCGUCAAGGUCUCCUCCAACAAGUCCAUCAUCGGUCAGGGCAACAAGGGUGUCAUCAUCGGCAAGGGUCUCCGUAUCACCGGCGGCGCCAAGAACAUCAUUAUCCAGAACAUUCACAUCACCAACCUGAACCCCCAGUACGUCUGGGGCGGUGAUGCCAUCACUCUUGACGGCAGCGACCUCGUCUGGAUCGACCACGUCACGACCUCCCUCAUCGGCCGCCAGCACAUUGUUCUCGGCAACGGCGCUUCCAACCGCGUCACCAUCUCCAACUCCAAGAUUGACGGUGCUACUUCGUGGUCUGCCACCUGCGACGGUCACCACUACUGGGGUCUCUACUUCACCGGCAGCAACGAUCUGGUGACCUUCAAGGGAAACUAUAUUACCGCCGGCAGCGGCCGAUCCCCGAAGGUCGGAGGAAAUAGUCUGGUUCAUUUAGUGAACAACUACUGGUACGACAACACGGGCCAUGCCCUCGAGGCCGAUGCUGGAGCCAAGGUCGUUGCCGAGGGCAAUGUUUUCCAGAACGUCAAAGCCACGUACCAGACCGGUCUCGCCGGCAAGGUUUUCGCCUCGCCGAGUUCGAGCGCCAACACGGCUUGCAAGCAGUAUCUUGGCCAUGACUGCCAGGUGAACGCCUUUGGAUCCAGCGGCUCUCUCGCCGGUAGUGACACCUCCAUCCUGUCAAGCUUCUCUGGCAAGAACGUUGCUUCUGCAGGCGAUGCCAACUCCGCCAAGGCUGCUGCCAACAACGCGGGAUUUGGAAAGAUUUGA